CCAACCCAAAUCCAAAUCCAAAUCCAAAACUUAACCUUAAUCUGCAGAAGAAGAAGAAGCAGCAGCAGACCCAGACCCGGAAGAAGAAAGAAGAUGACCGACUGUACGGUCUCACACUUGUCCUCCACAUCCUAUAGUCCACUGCUCCAACUUCCCUCCCUAUCAUCCCUAACUUGAAUUUCCCUUUCUUCUACUUCCCUUGCUUCUCGCAGUUAUAAGAUUUUAUGGUGGUGCUUCCAUCUUCUUUGCUUUACUGACUUUCUGAGGAGUUUCAUCCCGUCGUCAGGGUUUCAAAGCGUUUGGAAGACCUUCCGAGUUGCUCUGGUGGAACUAUUUUAGAUCUAGAAUUAGAAUUUUUUUAGGGUUUAGGCUUAGGGUUUGGAUAUGGAAGGUAAUUCUGGCGGAAACGACGUGGAACUGCUCUGCAAAACCCUUCAGGUGGAGCACAAACUCUUCUACUUUGACCUGAAGGAGAACCCUCGAGGUCGCUAUCUCAAGAUAUCUGAGAAGACUAACGCUAAUAGAUCGACUAUCAUCGUUCCCGUCAAUGGCAUUUCCUGGUUCUUAGAUCUCUUCAAUUACUACGUUAAUUCCGAUGAACAGGAUGCUUUUAGCAAGGAGUUGCAGCUCGACACUAAGGUGUUUUACUUUGACAUUGGCGAGAACAAAAGGGGUCGCUUUUUAAAGGUUUCGGAAGCAUCUGUGAGUAGGAACCGCAGUACAAUCAUUGUACCUGCAGGAAGUGCCCAGGAUGAAGGGUGGGCUGCAUUCAGGAACAUCUUAGCUGAGAUCAAUGAAGCUUCUAGGAUUUUUAUCCUACCUAAUCAGCAAAAUUCCGAACCUUCAGAAAGCCUUGUGGGCCUUUCUGACGAUGUUGGUGCAGGCUUCAUAUCUGGUCAUGGUACUCAACCUUCUCCGGCAUCUGACUUAAAUGUAGAUCGGUCAGUUGAAUUGCCUCCACAGGAUGAAAUUGGUAGCCUAGGGGUUUCAAAGGUGAUUAGAGCUGAUCAGAAGAGAUUCUUCUUUGAUCUUGGGAGCAACAACAGGGGUCACUUCUUGAGAAUAUCUGAGGUGGCAGGUGCCGAUCGUUCUUCUAUCAUUCUCCCCUUAUCUGGGCUGAAACAAUUUCAUGAAAUGGUUGGUCAUUUUGUGGAGAUCACCAAAGAUCGAAUUGAAGGGAUGGCAGGUGGAAACGUACGGACAGUGGAGCCCUCACAGAGAUGAAUCUGAUGGUUUUGGUUUGGUGAAGCUCAGUGUUGCAAUUUUCUGAUCGAUCUAUUCUCUCUGUUUGGCUAGGGAUGGAUAGUGUUCUUUUCUUCUUAUUUUUCUCUCAUUCACGUCUAUCCGAAAAUAAGCUAAUUUCUCCAGCCGACCUAUUGAGAAAUUGGGGUUGUUUGUCAAAGCUUAUUUCUAAUCUAGUAAUAAUGGAAACGGGUCUGAAAUCCUUGUAAUUCUUGCAACUAUGAGCCAGCAUGUAAAGUGGAACAAACAAUACAUCUGGAUUUUUU